AUCCCUAAGAGUUCCGUGGCGCCAGUCGGUUCCCUUAGUAACUGUUGGGUCCCAGUUUUGAGUGACUCCUGGAGCUACAGGGAGGUGACCGGGCCUCCUUUGUCUUUCCCAGUCGGCUAGCCUCGCCCUGCCCUUUUCAGAGGCCAUAGGUGUCUAGAGCCGUUGGCGCCCAGCUCUCCUACCCUCCGCUCCGCCCCGGGUUCUUUAGAACUUGGCUCUCCCGCCCGCUCCUCUCCCUCCUCCCGCCCGCUCCUCUCUCUCCUCCCGCUUCCAGGAAACCGCCAGCGAGUCCCAAAGCGGGCCGGGCUGCCGCGAAUAGAGUGGGCCCUGGGUUUGGGACCUUCCCCUUUCCUGCUGAGGAGCAGCCAGGCCGCUUGUUCUGCGGCCUGGAGGAGAAGAGCCUAAGAUGUUUCCAUUUGUGUAAAUAAUUUGUGAAUAUUUGCUUUGGGAGUUGAAAACUACCUGCUGAUCAUGGCUCAUCAUUAUUCAAAGGAAAAGCUGGAUGAAGAGUUUGAACAAUUUAUGAAAGAGUCUCUUUCAGAUGAUUCAUUUGGAAACUCAAAGAAGACAUGUAGACGUCACAGAAAAAGAGAUUUUAAAAAGAAAACUUCAGCACCAUGGUGGUUAACAGAUGAUGAUUUUGGAGAUGAUGGAGCACUUGGAACAAAUGUAAGCUUUUUGAAAUCACAAAAGAUUUCCCAGCCUAUUGUUGAGAUGGGAGAAGCUGCUGGUAAGGUGCACCCCUGCAAGAGCAGUGGGACUUCUGUGAUAAGCAGAGACAGUUUAGAAACAAAUGAUUCAGUUGUUGCUUCUGGGCCUAAUCUUGGCAUUUUGGGAUUGGACACAUUAGAAGAACAAGAAGAGAAGGAAAGAUUUUUUGCCAGACUUGAAAAAGGCCUAACAUCAAGCAUUGACUAUUCCAAAUUAAAUAAGGAAUUGGAUUCUAAUGAGUCUACACAAUUAAAAGAUUUACUCAGAAAUAAAACCAAAUUGGAAUCAACUGAAGAUGAAAAUGAGGAUGAUUCUAAACAUGAAGAAAUAGCAGAAAAUUACAGUGAUGAUUUUGAAGAUGAGGGUGACGUUGAGCUAUCAUCACUUACUGAAAAGGAAGAAAAUCAAUACCAGCAAAAUCCCAAAUCUUCAGAAGAGAUAAAUGCUACAGCCAAGAAAGAAGAGAAAACUGGCAUGUUAGCUAAUGUCGUACUCCUGGAUUCAUUAGAUUCAAUUGCUGAGGUUGAACUGGAUUCUCAGGAUAAAAGAACAAUCAAAUUACAAGCACAAGAAGUCACUGAUAAUGAAAUGACCAGGACAGGUAUGUCUUAUGGACAGAGCAACAGUGAUCUGGAAGCACUGCAUCAGGCCUAUCAUCAUAUUGAUCAGUCUUUGGGAGACACAGAUGAACCAAAAAUUGAGAGCAGCAAGAGCUUAGUGCAGGAUGUUCCUCAGGAAACAGAGUGCUCAAAAAACAUCUCUACUCCCGAAUCUGACCUGCAUACUGUAGAGGAGUUGAUGAAGCCCAUUAGAAUGGAUUCAUUACUUGGCAACUAUUUUGUCGGGCAGCCUGUCAGCACGAAAAAACUGGUUGAUAGUAAGACAACUGAAUUUGUUAGCCCUCUACCUCUUAAGAAACAACCUUCUGCAGUGUCUCAGGAGCAGCAGCAGCAGCAGCAGCAUUUGGACCAGUUUUUUGAAAAGAAUGAGGAUAUUUUUUUGCAAAAGAAUACAAACAAAAUUAGUGAAAGUAGUUUUCCAAGAGUGACUCCUACUGAAGAACAUACAGAUAAAAUGCAACUUGAUGUCUUAAGGAAAAAAUUAUCCCAAGAUUCUUCACCCUUGCUUCAUGAUAGUAAAAUUAACCAAGCCAUCAGACAUCAGUUACCUCAGCUGCGUUCCGGAGAGAAUAUCAGUCCAAUUAUCAAUAAACAGGCAACAUCCAAGAAGACAAGAAGUACACCUCCUUUACUUAAGAGAAAAUCACAGAGUGGUCCCUACGCAUCUGUGAGAAGCUCAGGAUAUGGAAAGUCGUAUUCACCAUUAAAAGCUUUUUCUGCUGUUGAAAAGAAAACAUCAAAGGACAUUUCAAAAAAGGAAAAUUCAAAAUCCAAAUCCCCUCCAUAUAAGAUCAGGCAAAAAGGAAAUUUAUUUGCAACACAAAUAAUAAGACCUGGAACUGCAAGUAAAGAAGUGACCAAGACCAAAAGUUGCCUAACCACUCCUAAUAAAUCACUUGCUUAUGACCCUCAGCGUCAAGUUCUUCCAGAAGUAGACUCCCAAUUACUGUGUCAGGAUGAUUCCAUCUUAUGCCCUGUGGGAAACCAAGAGAAAGAACUGUAUUGGCUAAAAAGAGUUCAAGAGGCAGAGCAAAAGUGGAGUGGAGCUCAAGCCGUAAUUGAACAAAUUAAAACUGCCUUCUCAGAGAAAGAGAAAGAACUUGAAAAUAAGAUGGAAGAAAUAAAGAAACAACAGGAAAAAGAACUUUUUAGAGUCAAUCAAGAUAAUUAUAUACUUCAAGCCAAGUUGAAUAGCUUUGAAGAGAUGAACAAAAAAUUAAAAUGGUUUAAUGCUGGAGAAACUGGUCCCAUCUCUGAAGAGAAAUUAAAGCAAAUCCAGAAAGAAAUCCAAGAACAGGAGACCCUUCUUCAAGGAUAUCAGCAAGAAAAUGAAAGACUAUAUAAACAAGUCAAAGAGCUUCAAGUACAAAAUAAGAAAAAUGAAGAAAGACUGUUUAAGGAAAAUCAGUGCUUAUUGACUGAGUUGGCUUCCUUAAAAGAACAGCUGAAUAAAAAUAGUUUCCCGUCUCAAGUAGUUCAAGAUUCAGAGCCAAACAAAAACCAGAGUUUUACAGAAUUGCUAGCAGAACUUCGAACAACAUUGAAAGAAAAAAACAGAUUGUUAGAAGAGAUUAAAAUACUGAAGCAAGACAAACAAGCUCUUGAAGUGGACUUGGAAAAAAUAAAGAAAGAGAGAGACCUUGCUAAAGAUCAGAUUAUUUAUACUUCAGGUGAGAAAUCACACGAGAUAAAGCUCAUAGAAGAAAGUCACAAACAAGAAAUCAGUCGUUUGCAGAAGAGAUUACAGUGGUAUGCAGAAAAUCAGGAACUUUUGGAUAAAGAUGCUGUUCGCCUCAGAAAGGCAAAUGAAGAAAUUGAGAAGCUCAAACUCCAGGUUGAGAAACUGAAAACAGAAGCUGGGAACCAGUCUGCACAACAGAAGUUACGUCUGAAAGACAGAGCAGUUGAUGCUAAAAAAAUUCAGGAUCUUGAACGACAAGUGAAAGAAAUGGAAGGAAUUCUCAAAAGAAGGUAUCCUAAUUCUUUGCCUGCUUUAAUAAUGGCUGCAUCAGCAGCAGGUGAUACAGAUAUUUCACCUAAAAAUACAGUUGAAUUUUUGGAAAAACGCAUUAAGAAAUUAGAAGCUGAACUUGAGGGUAAAGAUGAAGAUGCCAAAAAAAGUCUUCGUUCCAUGGAACAGCAAUUCCAAAAAAUAAAGAUUCAGUAUGAACAACGAGUAAUGGACCUCGAACAGCAGCUUGCUGGUAAAUUAACAGAUGAGCAACAGAAACACGAAAACGAUGCCAAUAUGAAGGACCUGGAACAAGAACUUUAUGACAUGAAGGAGGCCCAUCGGGUUACUGUAAAAACCCUUGAAGCUGAAAUAGAAAUUCUUAAAAAUCAAAAGUUAGAACUCAAGAAGAAUGAAAGAGAUGAUAAAGAUUUCCAAUCGUUAGAGUUCCAGGUGGAACAGGCUCACACAAAAGCCAGAUUAGUAAGACUUAAUCAGGAGCUGGCUGCAAAAGGAAGAAAAAUACAAGAUCUUACAAAAACUAUAGAGAAACUUCAAAAAGAAAGACGAUUGAUGUUGUCCAAUCCAAACUCAGCUGACAAGCCUGGAAGUGAAGAAAGAUUGGCCAAAAAAGUGAAGAAAGAUCUUUUGGUCUCCAGUAAAAGGAAUGCUGAGUCCUUCCCAGAAACCUUGGAUAGUAGAUUGUAUGAACCACAUGCCUUUGCAGAUUCCCACAUAUCAGAAGUUGUGCAGGAAAACUCCAGAUUAAAAAAUGAGCUGGAACGACUGUCUACAGAAUUGAAUGAGCAGAGGGCAAGAUCUGAAGCAGCUCUAGCCCACUCUGAAAGUACUGUGAAAAGAACCAGAGAAGAUGCAGCAGAGCACAUUGCGACCCUCAAAGCCUCUCACCAGAGAGAAAUAGAAAAACUCCUCUGCCAACAUGCUAUAGAAAAUUCUUCUUCCAAAGUAGCUGAGCUAAAUCGCAAAGUCUCAACACAGGAGGUCCUUAUAAAACAUCUCCAAACACAAGUUAGUGAGCUGCAAGGAAAUAAAGAAUCUUUAACAAUUUCUCAAGCCCGAGAGGAAAUCCUUCAAAAAGAGAUUUCAAAACUGUUGGAAGAAUUGCGAGAGGCUAAAGAAAGCCAUACCCCAGAGAUGAAGCAUUUCAUGAGUCUAGAAAGGAAAAUCAAACAUAUGGAAAUGAGGCAUAUGCAGAGAGAACAAGAGCUUCAACAGAUAAUACAGCAGACACGCCAAGUGGUUGAAACUGAGCAAGAAAAGGAAGUGGAGAAAUGGAAAAGGCUGGCACAGCUAAAGAAUCGGGAGCUUGAAAAAUUCCGUGUGGAAUUAGACUCCAUAUUAGACGUUCUCCGAGAGCUUCACCAACAGGGAGUUGUUGUUCCAGUUCCUUUCUCAGAUGGUUUGAAUGUCCCUAAAUAUUAGAGCUUCAAGGGAAGGAAGAGUGUAUACCUGGGAGGAGGGAGAAAAGCAGACCUAACAGGACACGGAGCCUGCAUCCAAAAGAUUUUCACGAAUUAUUCAAGCAAGCAAGGACGAUGGAAGAUAGAUUACCUUUGAUGGAUAAGGAGAAAAAAGGAGAUGGUGCCACAUUCUGUUUUUAGGGAAAAUGUCAACUAAUUUCAUACUAAAUUAUCUAGAGGAAAACACCUGUCAAAUGAUUGUAUGUAACUUAAUUUAUUACAUAAGCUAUUACUCAUUAACAGAAAUGAAAAGGCUUUAGAGAAAAAUGCUGGUAGGAUUACACUGUUAAUUAACGUAGGUUCAUUUUCUUUGUGCCAAGAAAGCAAUUUCUGUUUUUUUCAUAAAACUCUUGAGCGAGUAAGCUGAGUGUAGUGUCAGAGGGCAUUGUUCAGAAGAGCCAAACAGCCAGUGCGGUUUCCUCUGCAAUUUGAAAGAGAACAGUUGUUUCUCAGUGUUCAGGAUUAAUUUUCUUCUGCGUUCUUCCUUGAGGUGAGUCUUCCCACAUCUGGUGUCCUUCCAGAAUAAAGAGGAAUUAAAUCUGUCGGUUGUUUAAAACUGACUCUGGAACAUGGGAUUGUGUUUAAAAAAAUAAAUCCCAAGCAUCACUUCCAUUUAUAGCAUUUCUAACACUUCCUUUUUUUCAGGUCAGGUGAUAGAUGAAUAAAGUAAACUUCACGAAUAAAUUACAGCUGUCAUAGUUGAACUUAGAGCUUUUCCAGAAAAAGCAUUACAAAAUAGCACUUUUCUAUGGUCCAUAGGGGCAUAUAUUGAUUUAAAUUAUGUAAAAGAUGUAUGUGGAAAUUUUUUUCAAUACCUAUUUUAAUUUAUUUUUAAUAUUCAAGCUCAAAUUUAGCUGUGGAUAAUUCAAAUGAACCAUUUUGUUGGGCAUUUCAUAAAACUAAGAUUGAUGGUAAUGAUCCUGGAAACCUCAAAUUCAGGUAAUUUGUGUCUUUAUAUUAAACUAUCUUCUCAUUUGCAAGAAGAGAUUUUUCAUUCUAAACUGCAUUUUUGAUAACACUGUGUAAAUUGAGAACCAGGUGAAAUAAAAUGUGCACAUUUGGAAGAAGAGAAAAAAAUGAGGAAUGUGUAUAUAAAGUCUCAUUGUUUUCCAGAAGAAAAGUCUGUGAUUUUAUUUAUGUUUAUAUGAAAAGAAUUGUACCAUGAAGUAACAAUAAAUUUUCUACUUUUGC